AUGACUGCAGGAACUGCCGGUUUGGAUACAGGUCGCCCAUUGUACUAUGUUGGUGCUCAGAAGGAUAACACGCCAAGAGAUGAAAGCCUAGUUUCUUACGUUUUCAAAGGGGAAACCGAUUAUAUUAAACUAUUGGCCUCUACAGAUCCAUUGUCCCGUGUAAUUGAUAACAACAAAGGAGGUGUAGUACUACUAGAUCAAGUCACACUUUUGGAAUCAUUGCCUCACCUGUAUUCUAUAGGUAAGAAGGAUUCUACAUCUAACAUUACAGAAGGUUCUGUUAUCACAAUAAUUGUUGAUCUUAACCUGGAGGAUUAUUCCAUCAUUCCAGCCGUCAGUGAUCUACAUUUACCCAUUCAUAUUGGCUUAGAAUCUAUUAAUUUAGAGCAAAAUGGUAUCCACUUCAUCAAUUUCAACAGGAUCAACGGCACUCAAACAGCAAAUAACAUCUUCACAUCAGGAGCUGCUUCACCAAAAAAUCUAAUUAUUAACUUGUCUCAAUAUUACAAUGAACUUGUGAAGUCCGUUCCAGAGGAUGUUGCUAUUUUCAAUAUAACAGAAUACAAGAAAAAUUUACUACCAGAAAUAUUGGCAAAUGUUCCAAGUAGCAUCACCAGGAUUAAUCUACUCCAAGGUUCUUCAACUGCGUCUGAAAAUCAAGAAUAUGAAGAUGGCUUUGAGCCAUUCUUAUUAGACUUCUUUGCUGAUUUUGAAGUUUUGGUGCAAAACAAUAUCCAACAGUUGUUGCUAACUAAGAUUGGUAAUAAGGUUGAUGACUUCAAUUCUGUUUCAGCAAAGAUAAUUUCCAACCUAGAAUCUGCUAAACCAGUCAAGAAUCUAUUUGUAGGUGAGGUGGUCGAUAUUAGCAAGGAUGUGACGGAAGACUAUUCCAACUCAAUUAAAAAUAUUUUGAAAUUAGAAGAUGCCUAUAUUAAGGUUUUAAAGCAACUACUUGGUAACAACCUCUCAAUAAUUAACGAAUACAGUAACUCUACUAUUAAUACCCUAAGUCCUGAGUUCGGUUAUGGGCGCUAUCUACAAGAGAAGGAGAUUCAAAACAAGCUAGUUGAAUUAGCAAGAAAGUCAUUGGAUCCUCAAUUAUUUCAUUCACAGGAAUCAGAUGAGUUUGUGAAGAAAUUGUCCAAGUGGGUGAGCUUUAAGUCUUCGUCGUUAGAUCAAAAUUUACUUGAAGAAGCCAAUAAAAUUGGUUCAGACAUCUUUGAAUAUUUAAAGACUGAUGCACACUCACAAACAGCUAUCAAGCUUCUAGAAGUUGCAGAAAACGACGAAAAAUACUUCCAAUUCAAAUCAUCUUGGCUAAUUGGUUCAGAUGCUUGGUCUUAUGAUUUGGGUAAUUCUGGUGUACACCAAGUUCUAACCUCCUCAGAUAAUAUUAACAUGUUAAUCAUUGAUUCUGAGCCAUAUGAACAAAGGAAAGCGUCUACUCAAAGGAAAAAAGAUGUUGGUUUAUAUGCCAUGAAUUUUCAUAAUGUUUAUGUUGCAUCUGUUGCCGUCUACUCUUCUUACACACAACUUUUAACGGCAUUCAUUGAAGCCAAUAAAUUUAACGGGCCUUCUAUUGUUUUGGCUUACUUGCCUUACAAAUCUGAAAAAGAUACACCUUUGGAUGUAUUGAAGGAAACUAAAAGCGGUGUUGAGUCCGGUUACUGGCCACUGUAUAGAUAUGAUCCUUCAAAAGAAGAAGCUGAUGAACAAUCUGCAUUCCAGCUGGAUUCAUCUGUUAUAAGAAAGCAAUUAGAGGCCUUCUUGGAAAGAGAAAAUAAACUUACACUAUUGACCAAGAGAAAUCCAGCUCUCGCUAGAACAUUAGCUCAGUCAGCAUCAGAUGUUGUUACCCAGAAGCAAAAUAAGAGGGCUGAGGCUGCUCUUGAAAGCUUACUAAACGGUUUGUCAGGGCCUCCUCUUCACAUCUACUUUGCCUCUGAUGGUGGUAACGCCUCUAACCUUGCUAAGAGAUUGCAUGGUCGUGCAUCUGCCAGAGGUUUAAAAUCCACUGUGCUAUCCAUGGAUGAUUUAAUACUGGAUGAGUUACCAGGUGAGGAAAAUGUCGUGUUCAUCACUUCGACUGGUGGUCAAGGUGAAUUUCCACAAGAUGGUAAGUCCUUCUGGGAUGCAUUGAAGGGUUCCACUGAUUUGGAUCUCUCUAACUUGAAUGUCUCUGUCUUUGGUCUUGGUGAUUCUCAAUAUUGGCCAAGAAAGGAAGAUAAGAAAUAUUAUAACAAGCCUGCACAGGAUCUUUACAGAAGACUGGAAUUUUUGGGCGCAAAAAUUCUUGCCCCGCUAGGAUUAGGUGAUGAUCAAGGUGAUGAUGGUUAUCAAACUGGAUAUUCUGAAUGGGAACCGAAAUUAUGGGAAGCUCUUGGUGUGGCUAAUGUUGAGGUAGAGGAUGAGCCAAAGCCAAUAACAAACGAAGAUAUUAAGUUGAAUUCUGACUUCUUGAGAGGUACUAUUGCUUCAGAUCUAAAGGAUGAAUCUACUGGUACAGUUCAAUAUUCUAAUGAGCAACUGAUGAAGUUCCACGGUAUUUAUACACAAGAUGAUCGUGAUAUUAGAGAGGUACGUAAAAGUGAGGGGUUGGAGCCUUACUACUAUUUCAUGGCCAGAGCUAGACUUCCUGGUGGUAAAUGUACCCCACACCAGUGGUUAGGAUUGGACAAGUUGUCUGAAGACAGUGGUAAUGGGACACUAAAACUAACUACGAGAGCCACGUUCCAAAUUCACGGUGUUUUAAAGAAGAACCUGAAGCAUACACUGAGAGGUAUGAAUGCAGUUCUGAUUGACACCUUGGCUGCCGCAGGUGAUGUCAACAGAAAUGUCAUGGUAACUGCCCUUCCAGCUCAGGCAAAAAUUCACAAGCAAAUCUCUACUAUGGCCGCUGAAAUUUCCGAACACUUCUUGCCAAAGACAACUGCUUAUCAUGAGAUUUGGUUGGACGGUCCAGAAGAGCAAGAUUAUGAAGAUGAUUGGAAUGAAAGAUUUAACAAUAGAAAAGAAGGACCAAGAAAGAAGAAGACCUUGGUUAGUGGAAAUGCUUUAGUUGAUAUUGAGCCAAUAUAUGGACCAACUUACAUGCCAAGAAAGUUCAAAUUCAAUUUAACAGUGCCUCCAUACAAUGACGUUGAUGUCUUUUCUUCUGAUAUUGGUUUGAUUGCUAUUGUCGAUAAAGAAAAGAACUCUAUUGAAGGUUAUAACAUUUACGUUGGUGGUGGUAUGGGUACAACUCAUGGUAAUAAGAAGACUUAUCCUAGAGUAGCAUCCUCAUUUGGUUAUGUCAAGAAUGAAGAUGUUUUACCAGCCCUUGAAGCUUUGCUGAUUAUCCAAAGAGACUAUGGUAACAGGGAAGAUCGUAAACAAGCCCGUGUCAAGUACACUGUUGAUAGACUUGGUGUUCAAGGCUACAAAGAAAAGGCUGAAGAAAUUUGGGGUAAGAAAUUCGAACCGGAAAGAUCUUAUGAAAUCACAUCUAACAUUGAUUAUUUUGGAUGGGUUAAGGAUGAAAAUGGAUUAAACCAUUUUACUGCCUAUAUUGAAAAUGGUAGGGUUAUUGAUACUCCUGAUCUACCUCAAAAGACUGGUUUGCGAGUAUUAGCGCAGUAUAUGGAAAAGAACAAUACGGGUCAUUUCAGGCUUACUGGUAACCAACAUUUAGUUGUCUCAGACAUCACUGAUGAACAUUUGGAUGCUGUAAAGGAGAUUUUGGCCAAAUAUACCUUAGACAAUGCUGAUUUCUCAGGUUUACGUCUAUCUUCAUCCGCUUGUGUCGGUUUACCAACAUGUGGUCUAGCAUUUGCUGAGUCAGAAAGAUAUUUACCAGACGUAAUUACUCAAUUGGAGGAUACCUUAGAAGAAUAUGGUCUGCGUCACGAUAGUAUUAUCAUGCGUAUGACUGGUUGUCCAAAUGGUUGUUCUCGUCCUUGGUUAGCAGAGCUUGCACUUGUGGGUAAAGCCCCACAUACGUAUAACUUGUACCUAGGUGGUGGUUAUUACGGUCAAAGAGUUAACAAGCUGUACAGGGCCAAUUUGAAUGAUGAAGAAAUUGUUGACGUGAUCAAACCACUAUUUAAGAGAUAUGCAGCUGAGAGAAAUGAAGGCGAAUAUUUCGGAGAUUUCGUCAUCAGGGCAGGCAUUGUUAAGCCUACUCUGGAAGGGCGUCUGUUCCACGAGGAUAUCUCUGAAGAUGCUUUCUGA